GAUCCGUGAAAGAGAGCAUGACUCCCGCGUUUAUCAACUGUAGAGCGGAAGGCAGAAGAAAACAAUGUUGGGGGCAUGGUGGGAUGAAAUUCGGCCCGAAAAGACAGUGGCGGUUCCAAAUGGGAUAGAGAGGCAGCCGCGAGAGUCCCAGUCUAAUGGUUACUGGACACGUUAUGCCAGUUUCACGCUGCGCAGACAGAACUAGCACCCUGAACCAGAGACCGGGAUAACCCAGCGCGUGUACUCCAGCCAAGCUUGUCAGAGUUUGAGUUUGACAUCUACCGGAUCACACGGAUAGGUCGACGGGAAUAUACACACUACAUACAUAUUGUAUAUGCGCGUAAUGCGGGGGGCCACAUAUGGUGGAAUUCACUUUUGACACAGCCGCUAGAUUCACCUAAUCCAUCCUGAUAUGUACAUGCUUAUUGUAUACACUUCUAGUGGUAGCCCGUGUAAAUUGCUUAUAUAUACUUUGGAAAAGUAGCAGUCAUAUGCAUCUUGCAAAUCAAAACAUCCGUGUAAUUUUAUCAAAGGUUAUAACGCUGUGUAGAUGCCUUCGCAGUGGACAGUUUCUCCUUAUACCUAUGUAGAUUGCUUGUUUCAGACACUGACAUGACAUGGACAUUAUUUUUUUACGUAACUUUAGUGCGCAUCUGAAAUCCAUGCAAUGUUUAUUUGUUAAUACUUAAUGUAUAUUUGAUUAAUGGAUACUAAGUGACUUGAUCGGGAAGGGAUAAAUCUGAUCUAGUACAGGAUAAGCGUGGGCGCUUGUUAUUAAUUAUCGAAAGAUCUUACUGCAAUUCCUCGUCAACGCUCGCUCCAGCUCAUUGGCCGUAUUCCGUCACUUACGUGUGUGGCAUCGGCCGGCAACAGAUAUCGUUUGUUUAGCCCACACGACGCGCGACGCGUUCCACAACGGGAAUUAUGGAUGUUGGCACUUUGUGUGGAGGAACAAGGCGUCUCAUGGAUGCAUCUGCCGCAUGAAAAUUCUGCAGUUUUGUCGACACUGUAUUUUAUCAUAGCGGGGACCAAUUCGUCGCCGGCAUCUAAUCAAUUAAUGCCGGAAAUAAUUGGAAAUAAAUCAUGUCACACAAUCCUGACCUGUCGCCGAUGCGGGGCGAGUACGGAAACGAUGAGGAUGAUAUUGAAAUUGUCUCCUUCACCCAUCCCCUGGAGAUCGAUCUGAGUUUCCGCGGUACACCGCCCGGCUCACCGCUCAGCGUAAGUCCGCAGCUGCAGGCGGUCUCCCCCAAUUCCUCGGUAAGGACCACCUCCUUCCGGAAGCGCCGGGUCCUGGGCUCCCGGAAUGCUGGGCAGUUCCCCUUCCGGACGAAAUCCCUUGAUGAAAAUUAUGCCCGUCAGCUACAUGUGCAAGCCGGCAUGGCAAGCAGUCCGCUGGCGAACGAAUGGACGACCGGUAGCGGCGCCGGGGGGAAUAACAGCGACUCACCGUAUAGCAGCACCUCCCUAGCCAACAAUUCCAGCAUCGGGCAGCUGUACCGCAUCAACGAGAUCAGUCCGGGUGGGCAGCAGGAGAGCGGCAACGGCUACUACCGGGAUUCCGUCGACCAGAGCCACCCGGCACUGGUGACCUCGGCCGUUGCCGGGACACCCACGGGGAGCGCCGUGUACACCACGGUAGCCACGUCCCCGCGGGCGGCCAGCGCUAGUCCCAGUCCGGCGGGAACGCCCAGUGGCCCGGUGAACGCUAUCCAUAUCCCAGUGGACAAGGAUGUAGCCGCCACCCUACAGAUGUUCCAGCGUCGAAUCAGUAGUAACGCGUUCAAUGCAGUGCCGACACCCAGUUCAUCCCAGCAGAACCUACUGGUCCGUACACCGCCGCAAACGCAGCGUAUUAAAAACGCGCAGCAGCGGCCUAAACCGGUGCCGCCGUUCCUGCGCGGCAAGAGCAUCGGACAGUUCCAUUCAUCGGAAAAGUACCACCGGAAAUUGUUAGACACCGGGACCGGCUCGGGAUAUCUUGCCACUUCAGGAGUGCUCGUUGACCAAGCCACCCAGACGGUGGGAGGUCACAUCUGGACCAACAUGGCGGCAGCGGCAGCCGGAACAGCGGCGUAUAACAGUGCCAUUAAACGCGACAGUACCGAUGUGGCAAACAUUGUGGCCAGCUCGAUGCGGUACAGCGGCGCCCUGAUGUUUAAACAGCUGCGUAAGCCGACCAGCACGCCCAAUUUGCACGCUCAGGUGAUAUCACGCGCCAAUUCAAUAAAGAACUCCAACGAUAUAUCGGGCAAUUUUGAAAUCGCCUACGAAGACGAUAAGUUGCCUCUGAAAAACCGACCGAGUUUCACGGAGAUUAAGGUGCCUAUUGGGCCGGACAGUAUAAAAUCGGCCGGCAGUGCCAAAUUAGGGAAGCCCAAUGUCGGUUACCGGCUGGGCAAAAGGAAGGCGCUUUUCGAAAAACGGAAGCGCUUAAGUGAUUACGCACUGUUCUUUGGGAUGAUCGGCAUUUUGUCAAUGGUGGUGGAAACCGAAUUGUCGGCAUACAAAAUCUACGAUAAGACCUCUCCGUUUUCCUACGGCGUGAAAACCAUCAUUAGCGUCAGCACGGCCAUCCUGUUAGCCCUCAUUGUCGGCUACCAUGCACUGGAAAUCCAGUUAUUUCUAAUCGAUAAUUCUGCGGAUGACUGGAGAAUUGCACUAACAUGGAGACGUUGUCUUCAGUUGGCGGUUGAGCUCCUUAUUUGUUCCAUCCAUCCGCCACCAGGGGAUUACUCCUUUUCCUGGACAGCCACCAUUUAUAAUCACGACAAACGUCCACACUCGGUGAUGGUUCCCAUCGAUGUGAUACUGUCGUUGCCCAUGUUCCUACGGCUGUAUUUGAUAUUCCGGGUCAUGUUACUGCACAGCAAGCUCUUCACGGACGCCUCGUCGCGGUCCAUCGGUGCACUCAACAGAAUUAACUUCAACACCCGCUUCGUCCUGAAAACCCUCAUGACAAUCUGCCCAGGGACGCUUCUCCUGACCUUUAUUAUCUCCUACUGGUUCAUUGCCAGCUGGACGCUAAGAGCUUGCGAAAGGUACCACGAUUACGAGCACGAGAAUUGCCUGAACGCCUUAUGGUUAACCGCCAUUACAUUCCUCUCCGUUGGCUACGGGGACAUCGUGCCUAACACUUACUGCGGCCGGGGAAUAGCCGUCUGCACCGGUUUAAUGGGUUCAGGAUGUACCGCCUUGGCGGUUGCGGUAAUUGCCAGGAAGCUGGAGCUGAGCAGUGCGGAAAAGCAUGUGCAUAACUUUAUGAUGGAUACACAGCUGACCAAACGGUUGAAAAACUCCGCCGCCAAUGUUCUGCGGGAAACAUGGCUCAUCUACAAAUACACCAAACUCGUCAAACGCGUCAACCCCUCGCGGGUGCGCGUCCACCAGCGGAAAUUCCUGAUUGCCAUCUACAGUCUGCGGAAAGCCAAAAUGGAGCAGCGGAAAUUAAUGGAGUCAGCCAGUACAAUGACAGAUAUGGCCAAAACGCAGAACAACAUGUACGAGAUUGUGGCGGAUCUGAGUAAACGCACGGAGGAUCUGGAGACGAAGAUGAGUCGAAUUGAGAACCGGCUGGACACGAUGCACGAUGUAAUGGAGACGAUGCCGCUGCGACUCAUCGAGGCCAUUAUGGAGCACACGUUCUCCCCGCCUCCCCACGACCCGGAUGAUCCGCACUUCGCCAAUGCCGUGCUCAUAACCCCGACCUGUGAACGCGUGGAUCUGCUCGGCGAAAGCUCAGCACGGAGAUUCUCCUCGGCCAUGACCAGCAUCAGUCAAUAAGCAUCGUUAAUAAUGUAAAGAAAUGCUGUCCGCAAAGGGACGCGGCUGGCGCCAGAUGCAGUGCAUAAUGCCGUCAAGAAACCGACACUCACAAGCUGUGAUACAAUUAUUGGUCCUUCUAAAAGACAAGUAUAAUUAUGUUACGGAACACACUCCGUCAGUGUACUAUCCAGUCGCUCGCUGUGCUUUCCCAAGAAUUCUAAUCAAAGCAAACGAGAAAUGACUCCUUCUGCAGAUCUUUAUAAGAAUGUCGAAAAGAUUGUUAAAUUUAUUCCUGCUCGGAAGACAUAUAUGUGGUUUCAUAUGUACAGAGUAUAUGGUAUUCAACGAAAAUGCUCACUAA